GCGAAGAGAAGAGAAGAGGAGAGGACUCAAAUCACGAAACUGCCCUUCGACUCCACCACAAGAGGGGGAAAAAGAAAAAGGAGAUUUUCGCGAGGGCGAGGCGAGCUACCGGCCCCGAUAUGACACCGCAUCUGCCCGUGUCGCCGUCGUCGUCGCACCGCCUGCUCGACGCGGCGCCGGCGGCGCCGCAGCAGCAGCAGCGGAGGAGGAGGCGGAGGAGGCUGUGCGCGGGGGCGGGCGCGGGGCCGAGGGGGCGGGCGGCGCGGGUCAGGUGCUGCGCGGCCGCGGCGCCGCAGCCGAGGGUGGCGGCCGGGGCCGGGGCCGGGUCGCGUGCGGCCACGACGAGGGUGUUCGUCGUGUCCGACCUGCACACCGACUACCGGGAGAACAUGGACUGGGUGCUGCGGCUCCCCGUCGGGGGCGCCGGCGGGGCGGGGAUCGACGCGCUCGUCGUCGCCGGGGACGUGGCGGAGACGCGGGACAACUUCGCGCGCACCAUGGCCGCGCUCAGGGAGCGGUUCGGGGCAGUCUUCUACGUGCCCGGGAACCACGACCUCUGGCUGCGCCGCGAGAACGGCCGCUACAUGGAUUCGCUGGAGAAACUGACUGCAUUGCUUGAUGCGUGUAGUGAGCUGGGUGUGGAUACAGGCCCAAGAACAAUAGGUGACUUGGGGAUCAUACCAUUGUUCUCAUGGUAUCACAAGAGCUUUGACAAGGAAAAGGAUGUUAAUAGUGUACGUGUCCCUUCCUUAGAGAUGGCCUGUAAAGACUUCCAUGCCUGUAAAUGGCCUGAAGACCUUGCAAAUGACGAUGAAGCUCUUGCUCUCUACUUUGACAAAUUGAAUGAUAGAAAUCAUGAUGCAAUUGAAGAAGUAAAAAAGAGCAGCAAACAGAUACUAACAUUUUCACACUUUGUACCAAGACAAGAAUUAUGUCCAGAGAAGCGAAUGCUUUACUAUCCAAACCUCCCAAAGGUCAUUGGAUCCGAUUUUUUGGAGAGGAGGCUGAGGACUAUACAUGACAACACUAAGGAUGGAGCAGCUUGCCAUGUUUUUGGGCAUACACAUUUCUGUUGGGAUUCUGUGGUUGAUGAAAUCAGGUAUGUACAAGCGCCGUUAGCAUAUCCUCGAGAAAGGAAACGAAGGAUGAACGGUGGUGAUGGUUGGCUGCCCUUCUGCAUAUACCGUGAUGGUUUCAAUCCUGAAAUAUAUCCAGCUUUAUGGUCUGACUACUACAACAAGAACAGAAGGGAACCUGAGAAUACCCAACUCGCUCCAUGGGUUGCCAAAUAUUUUGCCAAGUACUACUGACCCCCUACAACCCAGCCAUGCCCCUUGGGUUCCGCCAGAUUGGAUAGAGUUGAGCUGCUCAGAGGACAGGACAGUGUCAAAGCUGCUGCAUUUUCCUGGAAGAAAAGGAGAUUGACGUUUUACCUGUACAUGUUUUUGCCUUCUUUUCUUGUUUCCACUCUUACUAUAUAACUUUUGGGCAACUAAGAGGCCCUCCUGUGUUGGAUGUAUGUUGGGAAAAUAAUGUGUAAAGAUUCUUUAAAGCCCUUGCUGCAAAGAUAGUGACAUGCUAGAAACUUUAGCUA